CAUGAAAGUAAUGGUGGCCAUCGCGGUCGAAUGACACUAAACUCAGAAACUGACUUGUGUGUUUCUAAUGACCCUGCUUAUAGUCAAGCAGUAACAUCUGCAAACCCAAAUUCAAGUUCUCCUUGUGAACUUGCCCAGGAUAAUGAAGUUGAUAAAAUCUUGUGCACUAUUGGAGAUACUGACAUGUUGAAAGAAUGUGAAAUAGAUUUGGAGCGGAAAACUGCUGCUUACCCCAAGAAUAGAAUGGCUAACAUUUACGUGGAGGCCAAGAUCUCCUUUCCUAAGUACAACUUUUCUCCUACUGGCAGUCCUGGAAGAGAGUGGGGGCAAGGCUUUGUUAAUGCACAGAUGAGGUUUUCUAACAAUAACGAGUUUCAGAAACAUGAAAGUAAUGGUGGCCAUCGUGGUCGAAUGACACUAAACUCAGAAACUGACUUGUGUGUUUCUAAUGACCCUGCUUAUAGUCAAGCAGUAACAUCUGCAAACCCAAAUUCAAGUUCUCCUUGUGAACUUGCCCAGGAUAAUGAAGUUGAUAAAAUAUUGUGCACAAUUGGAGAUACUUCAGGAGGUGAUGUGGAUAUUGUAAAAUCAGCUGAAAUUGGAGUACAAGAAGACUGCAAUAUCUCGGAUACUCUUUCUAAACCAAUCAACUCUUCUAGGACUGGAGAUGACCAAAAUGGUGACGUAUCUGAAGCUUGUGAUGGAAAAACAUUUUCUCGCUGCUCAAAACAUGAUUUAAAUGAAGAAAACCAACUUCCACCUUCUGCAUUAACAUCCCCAUCCACCUCUCCAAUCACCAAGAACGAUAACAAUCUAGAAGGUGUUGUAGAAGUAUCAGAGCGGCCAAGUCCUGUAUCUGUUCUUGAGCCACUUUUCACAGAGGAGGAUGUCAGCCCAGCAAGCACCAGACUCCAACCUGCUCCCCUGCCAAUUCAACCCCAAAGAAUUCAGUUUGAAGAGCAUGCCCCUUCCUCUGUGGAUAUAGGAACUCAUUUCAAAGCUCAUAUAGCAUACAAGGAAUCAAUAUUCGAGUAUGAGAAAGCAGUAGUGCAAGCCUCUGGAGAGAACUGGGAUGAAUCUUAUAUCAUGUCCAAUCCUUCUGACCCACUUUUUGACCCAUCAAUAUUUGAUGAGGUAGAGUUCUUUCCGAACCAAUUUUGCUAUGACAAGAAACUUCUCUUUGAUUGUGUUGAUGAGGUUCUCAAGGAGGUAUAUGGGAAGAAUUUUGGUUGCCCCCUUGGGUUAUCAUUCGCAAAACCUACUGUCCGGCCUGCUCCAGACAUGAAAAAUACUAUUCACAAGAUAUGGGAAGGAGUGUAUCGGUAUCUCCACCCAUUGCCACUGCCCUGUACAAAAGAGCUGAUAGUCGAGAAAGAUAUGGCUAAAACUGGAACAUGGAUGGACCUUCGAUAUGAUAGUGAAACUAUCAUCACUGAGAUUGGGGAAGCCAUUUUCAAAGAUGUGAUGGAAGAAAUUAUUGAAGAUAUCAAAACCAGCCACCAACACGUGGUCAUUUGUUGACCAAGCUUAUUACCAUCUUCUUUUUAUUUAUUUAUUUAUUUGUUAGCUAAUGGCUUAGUGGUCUACCGAAUUAUUAGCUAGCUUUAGUUACCUAAUCGUUUUGCUGUUACCGAUUCUUUAGUUGAUAGUAAAUCUUUUUUGCCACGUUCCUAUGACUCAGUAAAAUGUUGGUGCAACGUGUCUUUUGUAAGCCUAUAAAUAGGCAGUCAUUUCAUUGAAUAAUAUACAAUCUCAUUCGCAGCUUUAUUCCUCCUGUUUUGUGAGUUAUAUAUUCUUUCUUUUUGUCUUUCUUCUUGUCGUUUGUCAGCUCUUUGUUCAUCAGAAAUUAUGUUAGGCUGUAUAAGUGGGAUUUCAGAAGGUGGAUUUUUUCAAAUGCAGAUGAAUUGAAGGAUCAGAGUAGCAUCAAGUUGUGAAUGACAUUUUACUUCUGUUUGUUCAUACCAAUAAUUGACUUCCAUUGUUACUGGGUGGGAAGGAAACUAACCAAGCCAUUGCUUGUGUGGCCGGAGCAGUUACAUUUCAGCAGAAGGCAGCUUCUUUGACCUAUUGGGAUGUCCAGGACAGACUUGACAGAGAUUUUUAUUUCUAACUUUGCCAUUGAGAUCGUGCACAUAUCCAACAGUUCUGACAUAAAACCAUGAGAGCUUGGGAACUCUACCAGGCACAAGUCCUCUAAUGAAGGUUGCACACUUCAUGGACAGGAAUCAGAGGGAGCCAAUCAGGCAAGUGCUUGUUGCUAUCAACAAAGACUACUUGCUCUCCAUGGCAAUUUCUUCAACCAUGACCAGAUCAGGGCCUUACGCUCAGUUGAAAACAGAAGUGUUAUCAUUGUAGAAUUUGUAGAUUAUGGUGAUUGGUGUGCAUUGUGUCCGUUAAGAAUGCUGUGUUAUUUCUUGUUUGCCCUGAUUUCAUUCAUGCUCCAGUCCAACUUUUGUUUAUUUUGCCUCUUCUUUAUUUAUGAAGUUGGGUUUCUGUGA